AUGUUCGAGAACGGCAUCUUCGGCUUCUUCAAGUCCUCCAACAAGGAGGAGUCUGCCCCCCAGCAGACCUGGAACCCCAACACCAUGACCAUGGAGCAGCCCACCAACUACGCUGGCAACAACAAGCAGGAGGUUGUGACUGAGCAGCCUUCCUCUCAGGAGCCCAUGAAGCUGCGUGGUGGCGGUGAGGCCGGUGAGUUGCGCCGGUCUGAUGUGCUUCGAGUGCUUCGAGGACUGCUGCUGCUAGACGAGCUUCAUCCAUCAUCCUCCUUAUCUAUCGUCAAAGCCAUACCUGCCAUCAGCGGAGCAAAGUUCGCCAUUGAUUGA